AGUAUACAGCAAAGCGGUGUAGCCGCUUCGGUUUUCCCCCUAUACUCACCCAUAGACCAUACCAUAGACAUCUGUUGUUUACUAUUCUUUACUAUUUGGGUUAACUUGUAUAUAGAUUAGACAACUGUUUUUCACCAUUAGAAAAGAAGCUUAAAUUUUCUUUCAUUCUUCAUGUUGAUUUCUGUCACAUGAAUAAUGUCUUAUGAUCCUAAGGGAGCUGAAAAAAUUCUUAUUGACUCUAUCCAGACUCCACAUUCUACCAUAUUAGUUAAUAUUGGGAGGUGUGUAGGAGAUACAGAAGAUAACUUCAUAUUAACUUUGAUAGUGAACAAGAAUGGAAAAAAAUCACCUUUGGUAUUGGUGCAUGGUUUCACAUCAGGCAUUGGGCUGUGGUGUCUCAAUUUUGAUGCUCUCGCAAAAGACAGACCAGUUUACGCCAUGGAUCUUUUAGGUUUUGGUUCUAGUAGCCGGCCUCACUUCAGUACUGAUGCAAAUGAGGCUGAGAAAGAAAUGGUAAAAUUCAUUGAGGAAUGGAGAAAAGGAGUUCAAUUGGAUCAAAAUUUUGUUUUGCUUGGGCAUAGUAUGGGAGCAUUUGUUGCUGCAGCCUAUGCACUUUGUCAUCCAGAUAAGGUCUCUCACUUGAUUCUCGCAGAUCCUUGGGGAUUCUCCACUAGACCUUCUAACGCGCAAGGAAUUGCAUUUAAUAUGCUUCAACGAUUGUCCAAGUUGAAUCCUCUUGGAUUGAUGCGAUCUUCUGGACCGACAUUAGGACCCCAACUGGUGAAGUGUGUACGUUCUGAUCUUCGCCACUUGUACGGAGGAGUUUUCCCGAUUUCAGUUAUUGCCCAAUAUAUUUAUGAUUGCAACGCAAAACCGCCAACAGGAGAACGCUGUUUUUAUGCAAUGAUGGAUAGCUUUCGAUGGGCCAAGCACCCUAUAAGAGACCGGAUAUGUGAGCUAAAAGACAAUAUAUAUCUUACUUUUAUUUACGGCGAAUUAUCUUGGGUUGAAAAAAACCCAGGAGUAUUCAUCAAAGAAAAGAGAGUGGGAUCUAGGGUUGAUAUUCAUAUUAUUGAAGGAGCCCGUCAUCACGUGUAUGCCGAAAAACCCGAGAAAUUUCACAAACUUGUGUUAGAUGCUUGUCAGUUAGCAGAUAAUUAGUAUUUUACACAGUAUUUUCCCAGUCCUGUGCACAUGGAAGACUUUUCAAACAAGCCGUGAUCCUUAGAUUGCAAUGAGUGUGACAUUUAAAUGUAACAACACAUUUGAAAGUUGCUUUACUGUUUACUUUCAUCCACUGUCCUCUUGCUAUCCCUAUACUCCCUUAUCUGCACGUACAAGUGUGCAACGGACAGUUUGGCGUACGUAAAUACGUAA